GCUCGCCUUCGUGAACCCAUCAACCCACCAACCACCAACCCAUCCGCACGCCAACCCGCCCAACAAUCUGCUCCCGCAGCAGGACUGACUGGUCACCAUGGCCGCUCCCGCUGCUCGGCUCCUGCUCAUGGCCGUGUUAUCACUGCUGAUCACCCGGUCGCUGGCCGACAACUACAAGCUGUUCCUGAUGUCUUCGUCGAUCGUGGGGAUCCCGAUCCCGGAAGCCCCAGAAGCCUCAACAGCCAGUCCCCGCAUGUCCUAUACCCACACCUUCCUCCACGAGGGCUCGCCGCUCCUUUUCCGAAAAGACCGGAGCCACUCGGUGCCGUGCGACUGCCGUGCACCCUGUGAGGUCCGUGUAUCCUGGAUCGGCAGUGUGCCGCUUAACGUCAAUCUUUCAUUUUCCAUCGACAAGAGGGGCUUGAUGUUCAAUAUCCAUCCCGAAUUCCAUUCGGUGACGGCCCAAGCCAAGAUCGGCCAGGAACAACGGUUCAUAGAUGACGAGAGCUACUUUGGCAUAGCCUUCGAAAGCCUCCUCUUUGGGUUCAUUCCCGCCUCCUCGGUGCGACUAGGUCUGGUGAUAGCCAUCGUCCUUGCCUUUGGAUGGCUCUGGGCGUAUCCCCGAAUGCUCCUCGAGAUCCAGCUGGCCUUUGAGUGCCCGGAUGCUGAGCGGAAGAUCGAGGACUAGACUCCCAAGCGGAGCACCGGAUCAACCCUGCACAUCUCAACAGAGCUUUCGUUUGGAGUCCGAUUCACCUUUGCCGCAUGCCAGCUGUGAGACGUGCCCGUCCUGCGGAGACGAUCGCCGAGGAUAUCACCGAUGCAUCGCAACCCAGAACAGCCAGAUAGAGAGUCAUGGCGCGCAAGCCAACUUCCAUUCGUGAA